AUGAAGGCUGCAGCUGCUGCUCUGUUUCUGGCUGCUGCCUGCUGCUGCUGCAGCAGGUUGCUGCAGGCUGCAGCAACAGAAGACGCAGCUGCUGUUCCUGCUGCUGCCCCCCACACGAGCGGGGACGCAGCAGCAGCAGCAGCAAGAGAAGCAGCAGCAGCAGCAGCAGCAGCAAGAGAAGCAGCGGCAGCAGCAGCAGCAGCGCCAGAAGUACCGGCAGAACCAGCAGCAGCAACUCCAGUGAACGACGCUUCCACAGAAGCAGCAGAAACAGCAGCAGCAGCAGCAGCAGCAACAGCAGCAACAGCAGCAGCAGCAGACAGUGGCGCUGCUGCUCCCAAAAAGGGCGGCUGUGGAUGUAAAAAGAAAGCAGCAGCAGAAGCAGCAGCAGCAGCAGCAGCAGCAACACAAGCAGCAGCAGAAGAAGCAGCAGCAGCAGAGGGAGCAGCAGAGAAAUGUGGCGGCUGCUCCAAAGGAGAAGCAGCAACAGCAACAGCAGCAACAGCAGCAACAGCAGCAGCAGCAGCAGCAACAGGUCCAUCGAAAAGCUGCUGCGGAGACAAUGAAGUUUCUCGCCAAGCAGCAGCAGCAGCAGCAGCACCAGGUGGCGGCUGCUGCAGCAGCAAAGCAGCAGCAGCACAAGGGGAAGCAGCAGGAGCACCUGGCUGCUGCCAAGGCAAGAAGGCAGCAGCAGCAGCAGCUGCUGCUGCUGCAGCAACUGCAGUGGAAGUAGAUGGGGGCUGCUGCAGCGGCAAAGCAGCAGCAGCAGCAGCACCAGCAGCAGCAGCAGCACCAGCAGCAGCAGGGAGCGGCGGCUGCUGCAGGAGCAAGUCCGCAGCAGCAGCACCAGCAGCGGGCGGCGGCUGCUGCAGCAGCAACAAAGCAGCAGCAGCAGCACCAGCAGCAGCAGCAGCAGCAGCAGCAAAACACGAAGCAGCAGUGGGAAACAAAAGCAGCUGCUGCGGAGUUAUGCCCAUGAGUUUUCAAACUUCAACUCACACUGUUAUUCUCUUUAGGUCUUGGGAGACAACCAACGACGUGUCGUUUUGGCUGUCUUGCGUGAUAUGGUUUUUGCUGGGGGCGUUUUCGGUGGUUUUGAAGCUGCUGCGGCAGCAAGUGGACCAGUGGACCAGUGCCCCCCCAGCAGCAGCAGCAGCAGCAGCAGCAGCAGCAGCAGCAGGGAAGGCGGGCGCUGCUGCAGCGUGGCGGCAGCAGCUGCUGCGCUCGGGUGUAUAUACAGCUGUCUACGCCUUCGACUACUUGCUGAUGCUGGUUGCGCAGCAGCAGCAGCAGCAGCAGCAGCAGCAGCAGCGAGGCUGGGGGGCAGCAGCUGCAGCAGCAGCAGCAGCAGCAGCGGCAGCAGUGCAGCAGCGGCGCCCGCUGCUGCACCAACGGCAACAGCAGCAAUAG